UAAGAUAAGAUUCCCGGUUUGUUACAUAUGUUCGCAGAAAUUAUUCGUAUUUUGUUAAUCGUCUGUUAAAACUUCACUUUAUUGUUCUCUAACUAAUUCUGGUUUUAUAUAAGGAACAAAAGAAUGGCUUCAGAACUACCCUCCGCAUUAAAACACUUAUUUGGUUAUAUUGAUGACCAUAAAGCAGAGUACAUAAAUAAUUUACGGGAAGCAGUAGCUAUAAAAUCUGUCUCAGCAUGGCCAGAUUAUAGAAAUGAAAUUAUUAAAAUGAUGAAAUGGGCAGAAGCCAGAUUAAAAACUCUUGGAGCCACUACAGAAUUAGCAGAUGUAGGAAAGCAAAAUCUUCCAAAUGGAAAUCAAAUUCCUCUUCCACCUGUUUUGUUAGGAACCCUUGGAUCUGAUCCUAAAAAAAAGACUGUUCUUUUGUAUGGACAUUUAGAUGUUCAACCUGCAUUAAAAGAAGAUGGGUGGGACACAGAACCAUUUACACUUGUUGAGAAAAAUGGGAAAUUAUUUGGACGUGGAAGUACAGAUGACAAAGGUCCUGUACUCUGUUGGAUUCAUGCAUUACAAGCUUAUAAAGCUAUCGGAAUUGACAUUCCUGUUAAUCUCAAGUUUGUUUUUGAAGGUAUGGAAGAAAGUGGGAGUGAAGGUUUAGAUGAUCUCCUUUGGGCACGUAAAGAUACAUUUUUGCAAGGUGUGGAUUAUGUAUGCAUUUCUGAUAAUUACUGGUUGGGUACCAAAAAACCCUGCAUUACAUAUGGUUUGAGAGGUAUCUGUUACUUCCAAGUGGAAGUAACUUGUGCUGUAAAAGAUCUACAUAGUGGUACAUUUGGUGGUACUGUGCAUGAAGCAAUGACAGAUUUAAUAUAUUUGUUGAAUACAUUACUUGAUGUAAAUGGAAAAAUUCUAAUUGAUGGUAUUUAUGACAGUGUUGAUAAGAUUACAGAAAAAGAAGUGAAAUCAUAUGAGACAAUAGAAUUUGAUGCUGGUGAAUUUAGAGAGUCUAUUGGAGCCAAUAAAUUACUCCAUAAUGAAGAUGAAAUUCAACUUUUGAUGCAUCGGUGGAGACAACCUAGUUUAUCUCUUCAUGGAAUUGAGGGUGCAUUCAGUGAACCAGGUGCAAAAACUGUUAUUCCAGGAAAAGUUACUGGUAAAUUUUCAAUUCGAAUUGUACCAAGUAUGACUCCUGAAGAAACUGUGGAAAAAGUAAUAACAUACUUAAAUAAAAAAUGGGCUGCCAGAGGUACUCCAAAUACAAUGAAAGUUAGCAUGUGUCAUGGAGGAAAAACUUGGACUGAAAAUCCUGACCAUCCAAAUUACAUAGCUGGUCGAAAAGCAACCAAGCAUGUUUAUAAUGUAGAGCCCGAUUUAUCACGUGAAGGUGGUUCAAUUCCUGUUACUUUGACAUUCCAAGAAGUCACAGGCAAAAAUGUAUUACUCUUACCAGUUGGUGCUGGUGAUGAUGGAGCUCAUUCUCAGAAUGAGAAAGUAGAUAUCCGUAACUAUAUCGAGGGUACUAAAUUACUUGGUGCUUAUUUAUAUGAGGUAGCUCAACUUUAAUAUAAAUGCAUAUUAUGAACAAGGUAUUGGU